AUGCAUCGCGCUUACCAACCGAUCACUCCUGCCAACAAUAAGCUUUUGAAGAAAAAAUGGGACAUGAUACGUUUCGAGAUUCAUAGAGACAAGGUAAAGCAAGCAAAGGCGGUCCUCGACAACGACCCACCAAGAACGUACGUGCACCUUCAUCUAAAACUCAAAAAGUUACAGGUUGAGGAGACGCGUUUGUCCAGAGUUGAGCGGGACAACCGAAUCUUACUGGAGAAGAUGUCUCAAAUCAUGCGAUCGGAUAAAUCACACUUGGAUAACAAAAAUGAUUAUGAAGAUAAAAGUUUAAACAAAACAAAGCGACAACGCGAACUGUUGCGCAUCACGCACGAGAAUCAGGCUAUUCUGAAGCGCAUACUAUCCAAGGAGCCGCACUACAGUCAUCAGAGAUGGGAAGAGGAUUGGAAGGUCAACAUGAUCUACAGGGCCAAUAUUGCCAAGUAUCCCAUUAAACCACACUGCAAUACCAAGACCCGCAAAAAGACAGAAUCGUCAGAGAAAAAGUCGGGCAAUGAAUUGCCGCAGAUAACAAAUGAUAAGGAAAAUGGGAAAAGCAAUGCAAAAGACGCAGAAAGGAAGACAGAUUCUCAAUCCUAA